CUCUUGCAUAUGCACCCUCCUAAUUGUACGGCAUAAAAUAAUAUCUAACCUUUGGCUUCUAAAUGAUUACAGAAUGAGUUUCUCUUACUUCAAUUGCAUGUGGCACUGCUGUUCUCACAAGCAAAUACAGCUCAUCUUCUAUCACUACCAAUACACCAUCAUUGCAAAGACCCCAGUUUAGAUUUCCUUCCUCUAACUGCUUCUGAAACAAGAUGGACAUGUGUCUGACAUGGUCCUGGACCUACUUCAUGCUUUUCUAGCUAACCCCCCAAAUUCAUCACUCUUUCUUUGUUCUUGAAGAUUCGUACCAUGUUUUUGGAGGACACUGUUCUCUUUGUCUUAACUAGUUUGCUGAAUUUUGGGAUCAAGAAGUGAGUUGUGAACAAUAUCUUGAGUAGAGACAUUAUUUAACAUCCAAGUUGUGGUGAACUGUUGAUCUUCUCUGUUGGAGCCGGAAAAUGGACAAGAAGCUGCCCCUCUUGUUCAUUUUUUCAGCAGCCUUGGUGAUGGAAGCAGUGUUGUUGGUUAGUGUUGUGGCUGAACCAGUGGAAGAUAAACAAGCUUUGCUUGAUUUCCUUGACAACAUGAGUCACUCUCCUCAUGUCAACUGGGAUGAGAACACUUCUGUUUGCCAAAGCUGGAGAGGAGUGAUUUGCAACUCUGACGAGUCCCGAGUCAUAGAACUUCGAUUGCCUGGAGCUGGGUUGAGUGGUCCAAUCUCUCCCAACACCCUCAGUCGCCUCUCGGCGCUUGAGGUUGUUAGUCUUAGAUCAAAUGGUAUAAGUGGCCCUUUCCCUGAUGGUUUCUCUGAGCUGAAAAACUUGACCAGCCUCUAUCUCCAAUCCAACAAGUUUUCUGGGUCGUUGCCAUUGGAUUUUUCAGUUUGGAAUAACCUUAGUGUUGUCAAUUUGUCCAACAAUUCUUUCAAUGGGAGCAUCCCCUUUUCAAUUUCAAAUCUGACUCAUCUCACCUCAUUAGUCCUUGCCAACAACUCCCUUUCGGGUCAGAUUCCUGAUCUCAAUAUUCGUAGCCUGCGGGAGCUGAAUCUAGCCAAUAAUAACCUUAGUGGGGUUGUGCCUAAUUCCCUUCUUAGAUUUCCUAGUUCGGCCUUUGCCGGUAACAAUCUUACAUCAGCACAUGCACUCCCUCCAGCUUUUCCUAUGGAGCCACCAGCUGCCUAUCCGGCAAAGAAAUCGAAAGGACUCAGUGAACCUGCAUUGUUGGGUAUCAUCAUUGGUGCUUGUGUGCUGGGGUUUGUCUUGAUUGCAGUUUUCAUGAUUGUCUGCUGCUAUCAGAAUGCAGGUGUUAAUGUGCAAGCAGUGAAAUCCCAGAAAAAACAUGCCACUCUGAAAACAGAAUCUUCUGGAAGUCAAGACAAAAACAACAAAAUUGUCUUCUUUGAGGGUUGCAAUCUUGCAUUUGAUCUAGAGGAUUUGUUGAGAGCUUCUGCUGAAAUUCUUGGAAAGGGUACCUUUGGCAUGACAUAUAAGGCUGCUCUAGAGGAUGCAACCACUGUAGUGGUGAAGAGGUUGAAGGAGGUCACAGUCGGAAAACGAGAUUUUGAACAGCAGAUGGAGGUGGUGGGGAAAAUUAAGCACGAAAAUGUGGAUGCAGUGAGGGCAUAUUAUUAUUCAAAGGAGGAGAAACUCAUAGUAUAUGAUUACUAUCAACAAGGCAGUGUUUCUGCUUUGUUACAUGGCAAAGGAGGGGAAGGCAGAAGUUCUUUAGACUGGGAUAGCCGCUUGAGAAUUGCAAUUGGUGCAGCCAGAGGCAUUGCUUGCAUCCACGCUCAACAUGGAGGGAAACUCGUUCAUGGAAACCUAAAGGCCUCAAACAUCUUCUUCAACUCACAAGGAUAUGGAUGCAUAUCUGAUAUUGGCUUGGCAACAUUGAUGAGUCCAAUACCCAUGCCAGCAAUGAGAGCAACCGGAUACCGUGCACCAGAAGUAACAGACACACGCAAAGCAACUCAUGCAUCUGAUGUGUACAGCUUCGGGGUGCUGCUACUUGAGCUUCUGACUGGGAAAUCCCCCAUAAACAGCACAGAAGGUGAGCAGGUUGUCCACUUAGUUAGAUGGGUGAAUUCUGUGGUUAGAGAGGAGUGGACUGCAGAAGUGUUUGAUGUACAGCUGCUGAGGUAUCCAAACAUAGAGGAAGAAAUGGUGGGGAUGCUACAAAUAGGGAUGGCUUGUGCUGCAAGAAUACCGGAUCAGAGACCAAAGAUGCCUGAUGUGGUGAGAAUGAUAGAGGAGAUUCGUCGUGUAAAUACGCCAAAUCUACCAUCCACCGAGUCUAGAUCAGAAGCUUCUACACCCACCCCUCGUGCAGUUGACAUACCUUCUACCUCUGUUCAACAAUGAGAUUCUUUUGUUCUGCUCAAUAGUUGUUAAGAUGUAAUCAAUUCGAUCAUAUUCAUAACAGGAGAAAUGAUAUCAAUCUAAUGGACUUAUGGUCCUUGGAAGUUAGUAAAAACAAAUUGGUGCUGAGUAAUUGGGUCCCUUUGCAAGUGAUUAUUGUAUUGUUAUUCAUUCUUUCUCAAACAUUGAAAAAUUUAAAUACUAGUUAUAUAUAUUAUUCGGAGUAUA